CUAAUCAUAGGUAUAUUGCGGCUGCCAUUGGCAUCGGGGACGACGGUCAAUGGUGUCUCUGCAAAGGAUAUUCUGCGCUGAAUGUGGCUGAAUGCGAAGGCAUUGGUCAGGACUCAGGCGCCUUCCAUCUCGGAAUCUGCUAUUGAGUGCAAUUUAUCCCUCUCACCGUUCAAGAAUCUUGGAGGCCUUUGGGUGGGAUGCCCACGAUCACAGGCUGUAGCUCCUGAUAUAUUUUGUCAGCUGGUGAAGAAUUGGGUAUCAGGUUUGCCAUCUUGGCGCUCUGAUUGGUGUGGUAUCCGACCGGUUCAGGUGGCAAUUAGAGGACUGGCCAUAUCUGUGCAGACGGUUUCAGAUCAAGUUGCUUGCAAGAUAGAAAACCUUGGUGUGCGAAGUAUCGAACGUGCCAUUGCGUUCUACAAUGCAGCCAGCAGCUUAUCAUCGAAGAGACGAUGCGGGUCAGAGCUCCAUGGAAAGCACGUAUGGUGCAGAAGACAAGGGCCCUCCUGAUCUGAACGAGCGGCCCACGUCAGUCAAUGCCGCGUUUCGGGGGGCUAGUACCAGCCAGAGCGAUGCUGAUCAUUUUUGGUCUCCAACCGGCAAGAGGGCAUACAGCUUGUCGGAUGACGAGGAAUUCGAUUUGCUAGACAGCACAUAUCGGAAUGCAUGGACGCACUGGGUCUCAGCAAAUCCACUGGCGGUCAAGCUCAUCAAAACUUUGUCUCUGAUCACCCUGUGGUACCUCUUCAGCAUUCUCCUGAGCUUAUACAAUAAGUUUCUGCUUGGGGCAAAGAUGGGAAAGUUCCCCGCCCCUUUGCUGAUGACCACAUGCCACUUCAUCAUGCAAUUCUGCUUCUCGGCACUGCUUCUGCACAGCUGUGGCUCCUACUUUAGACCUUCAAGCAAGCUCACAUGGUUUGACUACGUUACAAAAGUGUUGCCUACUGGCACUGGGACGGCGAUUGACGUUGGUCUCUCAAAUCUGUCCUUGGUGUUGGUCACUGUCAGCUUCUACACAAUGUGCAAGUCAAGCGCUCCGGUAUUCCUUGUGCUCUUCGCCUUCCUGUUCCGGUUAGAGAAACCGAGCUGGAGUCUGGCCGGGGUUAUUGUCAUCAUCUGCGUUGGGGAGAUCUUUACAGUUGCCGGCGAAACUCAGUUCAACCUGUGGGGCUUCAUUCUGGUGAUGUUGGCGUCUGGGGCUGCCGGUUUUCGGUGGACACUGACGCAGAUUCUCCUCCAAAGGGAGAAGCUGGGACUGAACAACCCGGUCAUCACGAUGUACUACCUGACCCCCGUCAUGGCCGGGUCGCUGGGCCUCCUGUCAGUCUGCACGGAGCCCCUUCUCAGCCUGGGGUCCACGCCCUACUUUAACACCCGACAACAUGCACUCCGAAGCAUCGGGCUGAUGCUGUUUGGCGGAUGCCUUGCCUUCUGUAUGAUCAUGUCCGAGUUUCUGCUCAUCUCCGAGACGAGCGCCAUCACCCUGACCAUCGCCGGGGUAGUCAAGGAGUGCGUCACAAUCGUGGUGUCCGUGAUCAUCUUCGGCGACGAGUUUGGGUUCAUCAAUGUGCUGGGGCUCGUCAUUGUGAUCGCGGGGGUCGGCAUCUUCAAUCUGAUCAAGUAUCAGCGGAUGCACGCGGGUCAUACUGGGGGCGACAGCUCUGAACGGCAGCCGUUAAACGCUUCUAGCUAUGAGCUCUUGGACAGAAAAGCUCGUUCAUCGGAGGAGACUGCUGAUCCUAGCCUUCUGGAGCAAUACCGAGGUGACCAUGACCAAACGUUGUCGGAAGUGUUUGGUGAGACAACGGACGUGGAGGAUGGCGACGCAAGGACACAUUAAAGCAGCUUCGUAAACAGAAGUUUAUAACCACUUACGGCUUCCGAGUCCAUUAAUGUCCUUUUCAAGCGCUAAGAGAACUCUGUUUCAUUCGCAUGUCCCGCAUUGUCAGUGACUUGUCGUGCCCCAGGCUUUGCAAGCCGCAUUUUAAAUCACCUAUACAGACCAUCUGCGGCUU